CAUUCAUUUGCCGGCUAUUAUGGGUAACUUGCAGCUGGAAACGGGAAAUGGCUUUUAGUAUCCCUGUUGUUCGGUAGCCCUGCCAGUCUCAUCAGAUAGCCUGGAAAUCACGACACAAUGCUUUACGCCGAAGAAAACAAACUCGUCUUUCGAUUCGAUGAUCAUCUUCUCUGGAUCGAGCCCUGGAGCGAGAAUGCGUUCCGUGUUAGAGCUACGAAACUUGCAUCCAUGCCUGCGGAAGACUGGGCUCUAUCUUCAAAGCUAGAUUCGGUGAAAGCGACAAUCGAAACGCCCGACAAGAAGGACGCAACCAUCGUCAACGGCAAGAUCAAAGCAACUGUCUCCCAACGGGGUAAGAUUACCAUCUUUGACCACAAAGGGAACAAGCUCCUGGAGGAAUACGCCCGUCACCGUCGGGAUCCAAAGGACCCGAAAUGCAGCGCACUGGAAAUUGAGGCUCGAGAGCUACGGCCGAUCCUAGGAGGCGACUUCCACUUGACAAUGCGUUUCGAGUCACUAGACCCCCAAGAGAAGAUCUUCGGCAUGGGCCAGUACCAGCAGCCGUCACUCAACCACAAAGGUUCGGACCUGGAGCUGGCCCACCGCAACUCUCAAGCCAGUGUGCCUUUUGCGCUCUCUUCGCUCGGGUAUGGGUUCUUAUGGAAUAACCCCGGUAUCGGACGAGCCGUGCUAGGCACUAACACCAUGAGCUUUGAAGCAUACUCCACCAAAGCUCUCGAUUACUGGGUUGUUGCAGGUGACAAUCCUGCUGAGAUUGAAGAGGCUUACAGUAGGGUGACGGGCUAUGUUCCUAUGAUGCCCGAGUAUGGACUCGGCUUCUGGCAGUGCAAGCUGCGUUACUGGAACCAGGAACAACUCCUAGACGUGGCGCGCGAAUACAAGAGAAGAAAAGUGCCAUUGGAUCUCAUCGUGGUGGACUUCUUCCACUGGCCACACCAGGGAGAAUGGAAAUUUGACCCCAAAUUCUGGCCUGAUCCAGAAGCAAUGAUCAAGGAGCUUAAAGAGAUGAAUGUCGAGGUGAUGGUCUCCGUCUGGCCCACGGUCGAGACCGCGUCCGAGAACUAUCCCGAGAUGUUGGAACGCGGUCUCCUCAUCCGCCACGACCGUGGACUGCGUAUCGCCAUGCAAUGUGACGGGGACAUCACGCACUUCGACGCGACGAACCCUGAAGCUCGCGCAUUUGUGUGGCAAAAGGCUAAGCAGCACUACUAUGACAAGGGGAUUAAGGUCUUUUGGCUCGACGAGGCGGAACCCGAGUACAACAUCUAUGAUUUCGACAUCUACCGGUACCAUGCGGGCAGCAAUCUGCAAAUCGGGAACAUCUUCCCCAAGGAGUACGCGCGGGGCUUCUAUGAGGGCAUGCAGGCCGAAGGCCAGCAGAACAUUGUCAACCUCCUCCGCUGCGCCUGGGCCGGCAGUCAGAAGUACGGAGCGCUGGUCUGGAGCGGCGACAUCGCCUCUUCAUGGCCCUCCUUCCGCAACCAGCUGGCGGCGGGCCUGAAUAUGGGCCUCGCGGGUAUCCCUUGGUGGACGACCGACAUUGGGGGCUUUCACGGUGGCAAUCCCGACGACCCUGCGUUCCGGGAGCUUUUCACGCGGUGGUUCCAGUGGGGGGCGUUCUGCCCGGUGAUGCGACUGCACGGCGACCGCGAGCCUGUACCGGAGGGUGAACCCACUGCAUCCGGCGCCGACAACGAGAUCUGGUCGUACGGCGAGGAAGUCUAUGAGAUUUGCAAGAAGUACAUCGGCAUCCGCGAGGAGCUGCGCGGGUAUACCCGAGGCUUGAUGAAGGAGGCCCACGAGAAGGGCACCCCCGUGAUGCGCACUUUGUUCUAUGAGUUCCCGGACGACACCAGGGCCUGGGACUGCGAGACGCAGUAUCUCUUUGGCUCGAAGUAUCUGGUGGUCCCGGUGCUGCAGCCCGAGCAGAGGGAAAUCACAGCGUACUUACCAACCGGCGCAUCCUGGAAGCUAUGGGGGGAGACACCCGAACGAAUCUACGAAGGAGGAUGCGACGUCAAGGUGGCUUGUCCCAUUGAGACAAUGCCAGUCUUUAUCCGGGUGUAGGCUAGAAAGUAAACCAGCCCGUCGAGAGGUCAUCGCCAUAGGUAGAUUAGCCCUUUAUCGAGAUGGAACCCCGAAGAGACUCCUAAACCAGAA